AUGGAGUGGUGUAUGUCAAUGCCAAAGAUAGAACUCCAUGCUCACCUCAAUGGAUCCAUUAGAGACUCCACCCUUCUAGAACUUGCUAAAGCUUUGGGUCACAAGGGUCUCAUAGAUUUCUCUCAAGUAGAGCAUGUUAUCCUCAAAAAUGAUCGUUCAUUAUCUGAGGUAUUCAAGCUGUUUGACGUAAUCCACAUUCUUACAACUGACCAUGCCACCGUUACAAGAAUUACCAAAGAAGUUGUUGAAGAUUUUGCGUCAGAAAAUGUUGUGUAUGUGGAGUUGAGAACUACUCCAAAGAAAAAUGAGGCCAAAGGAAUGAGCAAACGCUCUUAUAUUGAAGCUGUUCUGGAAGGUCUAAGAGCUGUGAGUUCAGUUGAUGUGUGUUUUAUUCCUCACAACGAGGAGUUACAAAUUCAUUCAAACCCUAUACACUCAGUCUUAGCUACAAAUGAUAAAAUUAAUGAAAAUACUAGGAAACAAAUCUUUGUUAGACUUCUCUUAAGCAUUGACCGUAGGGAAACAUCAGAAGCAGCAAUGGAAACUGUCAUGCUUGCCCUGGAAAUGAGGCAUUUUGGGGUCGUUGGAAUUGACCUCUCUGGGAAUCCAGCUGUUGGUGAAUGGGUUACAUAUUUUCCAGCAUUAAAAUUUGCUCGAGAGCAAGGUCUUUACGUAACUCUUCACUGUGGAGAGGUACCUAAUUCGAGAGAGAUACAUGAUAUGCUUGACUUUCUUCCUGGGAGGAUUGGACAUGCAUGUUUCUUUGAGGAGGAACACUGGAGAAAGCUGAAGUCCUCUAAAAUUCCGGUUGAACUUUGCUUGACAUCGAACAUCAGGACACUGUCCGUUCCAUCAAUAGAUGCUCAUCAUUUUGUGGACUUGUAUAAAGCAAAACAUCCUGUAGUUCUGUGUACUGAUGACUCUGGUGUGUUCUCUACCAGUCUCUCCAAUGAAUACAAAAUAGCCGCUUCUUCAUUCGGCCUUGGAAGGAAGGAGAUGUUUGAGCUAUCAAAGAAUGCUGUUGAGUUUAUAUUUGCAGAUAAUACGGUGAAGGAGGAUUUAAGAAACUUUUUUAGUUUAGCGGCAAAGAAUCUGGAGCUCUAG